AUGAUUUAUUGUUUUAUGCAGGAAUAUUACAAUCCAAACCAAUCCAUGCUGGAGUUAGUUUUUGCCCUUGCUGAAGAAUGGAUUGCACAGAGUGACUCAGAAAUUAUUGAUGCUACAAUGAAGGAACUUGCAAAGCUCUUUCCUGAUGAAAUUUCUGCAGAUCAGAGCAAAGCAAAAGUCAUAAAGUACCAUAUUGUUAAAACACCAAGAUCUUUAUAUAAAACUGUUCCAAAUUGUGAACCCUGCUGCCCCUUGCAAAGAUUUCCGAUAGAGGGGUUCUGUCUGGCAGGCGAUUACACAAAGCAAAAGUAUUUAGGUUCAAUGGAAGGUGCUGUUCUCUCAGGGAAGCUUUGUGCACAGUCUAUUGUACAGGUACUUUUUGCAUUAUUUUGCGCUGCCAUGUUGCUAUAACUGAACC